UUGAAAACUCGGCUGAUUUAAGCAGCCGAGCCUAGCCGAUCGCAGCCGAUCAGGGCGAGCCGCCGCUUGAUUGGCUGACAUACGCCAGGUAUACCGGUGGUAAAGCUACGUCCCACUCAGUUUGGCCAACGGUGCUCGAUUGCUUUGGGCUCCUCCGAACAUGGCUGGCUCCUCGGAUAAUGUUACAAUCCCCAAAUUUAGCAAGCUCCUCCAAAUGGACCCGUACCUUAAGCCGUACGAAAGCGAUUUCCAGAGGAGGUAUGAGCUGUUCCAGAAGCAGCUCCACCUGCUGGAGGAGGCAGAGGGCGGCUUCGAUCGCUUCACGCUCAGCUACCAGAGCAUGGGUGUGACCCGGCAGCCCGACAACGGGCUCCUGUUCCGGGAAUGGGCCCCAGGGACGGAGGCCCUCUUCCUGACCGGAGAUUUUAAUGGCUGGGACAACUUCUCUCACCCCUACACCAAGAAGGAGUUUGGCAAAUGGGAGUUGUAUCUGCCCCCCAAGCAGGACAAGACCCCAGCAGUUCCUCACCUGUCUAAGCUGAAGGUGGUGGUGCACUCCAAAGACCACCAACGACUGUAUCGCAUUUCGCCCUGGGCCAAAUAUGUGACGCAGAUGGACACAGCUGUCAUCUACGACUGGGUGCACUGGGACCCCCCGCACCCUUAUCAGGCCACCCACCCUCGCCCCAAGAAGCCAAGGAGCUUGAGGAUAUACGAGUCCCACGUUGGGAUCGCCUCCCCCGAGGGGAAAGUGGCGUCUUACACCAACUUCACAGCCAAUGUGCUGCCUCGAAUCAAAGAUCUCGGCUAUAACUGCAUACAGCUGAUGGCCAUCAUGGAACAUGCCUACUAUGCCAGCUUCGGUUACCAGGUCACCAGCUUCUUCGCCGCGUCAAGCCGCUAUGGGACCCCGGAUGAGUUGAAGGAGCUGAUCGACGUGGCACACUCCCUGGGCAUCAUGGUCCUGCUGGACGUGGUCCACAGUCACGCCUCCAAGAACACGGAGGACGGCCUAAACCUGUUCGAUGGCACCGACUCCUGCUUCUUCCACUCAGGACCACGUGGGGAGCACAGCCUAUGGGGCAGCCGGCUCUUCAACUACUCCAGCUGGGAGGUGCAGCGUUUCCUGCUCUCCAAUCUGCGCUGGUGGAUGGAGGAGUACCGCUUCGACGGCUUCCGCUUCGACGGAGUGACCUCCAUGCUCUACCAUCACCACGGCAUCGGCACAGGCUUCUCUGGUGACUACAGUGAAUAUUUUGGCCUUCAAGUGGACGAGGACUCACUGGUUUACCUGAUGGUGGCCAAUCACAUCCUACACAGCCUCUACCCAGAAUGCAUCACCAUCGCCGAGGAUGUGUCUGGAAUGCCAGGGCUCUGCCGAGGGAUCCAGGAGGGGGGGUGUGGCUUCGACUACCGCCUCGCCAUGGCCGUCCCUGACAAAUGGAUCCAGAUUCUGAAGGAGUACAAGGACGAGGACUGGAACAUAGGCAACAUCGUGUUCACGCUGACCAACCGCCGAUACGGUGAGAGCUGCAUUGCCUACGCCGAGAGCCACGACCAGGCUCUUGUCGGAGACAAGACGCUGGCCUUCUGGCUCAUGGACAAGGAGAUGUACACCAACAUGAGCACCAUGAUGCCGAUGACGCCGGUCAUCGAUCGCGGCAUCCAGCUGCACAAGAUGAUCCGACUGCUCACCCACGGCCUGGGCGGCGAGGGCUACCUCAACUUCAUGGGUAAUGAGUUUGGCCAUCCCGAGUGGCUGGAUUUCCCCAGGAUUGGGAAUAACGAGAGCUACCAUUACGCCCGGCGCCAAUACAACCUGCUCGACAUGGAGCACCUCCGCUACUGCCAGCUGUACGCCUUCGACCGCGAAAUGAACCACACCGAGGCCAAGUACGGCUGGCUGCCAUCCGAACCGGGUUUUAUCACCGCGAAGCAUGAGGGAGACAAGGUCAUCGUCUUCGAGAGGGCCAGCCUGGUUUUCGUCUUUAACUUCCACCCUUCCCAAAGUUACAGCAACUACAGGGUAGCGACGGAAACUCCAGGGAAACACCGCAUCGUGCUGGACUCCGAUGAGGUUCGAUACGGAGGUCACGGCCGCCUGGAUCACAAUACCGAGUUCUUCACGGAGCCCAUCCCAUUCAACGGACGCUCCCACUCCAUGCUGAUUUAUAUUCCCUGCAGAACAUCGAUGGUACUGGCCAACGAGGAGAUUGAUCACAGCUGCUGAUGGUCAGCGGCUCGUCAGUGCGGCAGCAGUAUCACAGUAUUAGCAUCUGAGAUCAUGUGACAUGCGCCUGCCCCAUUGGGGGCUGUGGACAUACAGGCUUCACUGCUGCGCAGCAUCGUCGGUGAUCUGCAGUCUGACCUGCCUGACAGAAUGGCUCAAUCAGGAGACUUUCCCCUCUGCGACUGUCUGCGGCUGUUUUUCAAGGCAAAACUUCAACCCUUCGACCAACACCGGCCCAGUCCACUGCUGAUGUUGAAACAAUAACACAAUAGUUACAUCGAUGUAAAUGUGAUCCUAUUCAGAGCAUUUGCAUCAGUUUAUGUACUAGUUUCAAAAAGCACUUAAUGCUUCACUACCCUGAAUAGGACACGCAGAAGUUCCGUAUUUGUAAUAAUCACCCCAUCAUUCAGUGUGGCAAUUUUUUUGUAAUAUUAAACACUCUUUGGAAAUGUAUUUUUAAGUAAGCAUUAUACUAUAAUGCAGAAUUUUGUUUGAUUUAUAUUUCACAAUAGAAAGUAUAAUUAAAUAUAAUCGCACUAGAAAAUGCAGCACAGAUCACUUCAGGAAGUGUUGGGAUCUAAUGUGAUGCACGAUUGAAGAGUUUUUCAUGGAUGUUAAGAUUACUGGACUGACUACCAUAAACUGUGUUUAAAACAUGAUGGGUGCAUUACUGAAUAUGAGUGAUUGUGAGUUUCUGAACCAAAGAUUAACGGUAAUUGUUGUGAGUGAUAAUAAAUGGCAGUGUUUGUGUAA